AUGGACAAGUCAGGCCGCAAAGAGAAGUCAGGAAUGGUUACAACUAGUCAAGAUCUAGCCUUGGGCUGGUGCAAAAAGCAACAAGCACGACAAGAAGUGCUCCGUAAGGCUGCUUCAGCUUCGGCUCCAGCUCGUCGCCCUCUUGAAGAUGAAAAUUAUGUAAGAGAUUAUAUAAUAUAUCACAUGAUGUGUAACAUGACGGUAUCAAAGUUACGCCAUUUUAAGGAGAAGCUGAAGCAGACAUGCGAGGACAAAAUAGGGAAAGGAGCAUGGCGGGCAGUGGCCACUUGA